AUGGCUACCACCAAUGACUCCGCCGUUCUCUUCUACAUUGUCGCGAGCCAGAAGAAGCUCAGCUUCGACUACACUCCCAACUGGGGUCGCGGAAGCCCCAACUCCUACAUCGACAACCUCACCUUCCCCCGUGUCCUGACCAACAAGCCCUAUAAGUACCGUGUCGUCAAGGCUGGUCAGGAUCUGGGAGUUCGUGACUCCUACUCUGUGCAGUCUGACGGCUCGCAGAAGGUCAACUUCCUUGAGUACAACGCUGGUCGUGGCAUCGCCGACACCCAGACCAUCCAGGUCUAUGUCGUCGACCCUGACAAUGGCAACCAAUAUCUUGUUGCCCAGUGGAAGUGA